UGAAUCAGCUUCACCAGCUAAUGCGGUCGGCGGCUGACCUAAGAAAAGCUCAACACUUUUUAACAUUAACCGACUCCAUCGUCUCAAAAGGGUUUUUAUACUUUUAGGGUUUUACCGAAAAGAAGAGAGUUCGAGAGAGAGAGAGAGAUGGUGAAGAGCGAGAAGACGACGCUGGGGCGGUCCCUGGUGAAGCACCACAACCACAUGAUCCAGGAAUCGAAGGACAAAGGCAAGUACUACAAGAAUCUCCAGAAGAAGGUUCUCGAAUCCGUCACCGAGGUCAGCGACAUCGACGCCAUCCUCGAACAGGCCGAGGAGGCUGAGCGUCUUUUCACUAUCAAUCACAGUAACACCACUCCUCUGCCCAUUAAUGUAGACACACAGUCUAGCUCAAGUACUAUAGCAGCUGAAGAAUGGAGAGAGCAACAGAAGAUAGAGGAGGCUUUACACGCCAGUAGUCUUCAAGUGCCUCGAAGACCUCCUUGGACACCUGAAAUGUCAGUGGAAGAGCUUGAUGCUAAUGAGAAACAAGCUUUUCUGAAUUGGCGCCGGAUGCUUGUGAGGCUCGAGGAAAACGAAAAGCUUGUGUUGACACCAUUUGAAAAGAACCUGGAUAUCUGGAGACAGCUUUGGCGUGUGCUUGAACGUAGUGAUUUGAUUGUUAUGGUAGUAGACGCUAGAGAUCCACUGUUUUACCGUUGCCCUGAUCUUGAGGCAUAUGCUAGAGAAAUUGAUGAGCACAAGAAAAUGAUGCUUUUAGUCAACAAGGCGGAUCUUUUACCUCCUGAAGUCAGGGCGAAAUGGGCAGAAUAUUUCCGCCGUAACGACAUUCUCUUUGUCUUCUGGUCAGCUAUAGCUGCCACAGCCGUCCUAGAAGGCAAAGUCUUGAAAGAGCAAUGGAGAAAAUCCGAUAACUUCCAGAACACAGACGAUCCAGAAGUUGUCAUAUACGGCAGAGACGAGCUCUUGGCCCGGUUACAGUCCGAGGCCCAAGAGAUUGUCAGAGCGAGGAACUCUAGAUCACCUGUUGAUGAGUCUCAACGUGAGAAUGCCGUCGUUGGAUUUGUUGGUUACCCUAACGUGGGGAAGAGUUCAACAAUCAACGCGUUGGUUGGUCAGAAGCGAACAGGAGUCACCUCAACUCCAGGGAAAACAAAGCACUUCCAGACAUUGAUCAUAUCCGAUGAGCUUAUGCUUUGUGAUUGUCCCGGUUUAGUCUUCCCUUCGUUCUCGAGCUCGAGAUACGAGAUGAUCACUUGCGGUGUGCUUCCUAUCGACAGGAUGACGGAGCACCGCGAAGCUAUCCAGGUGGUUGCUGACAAGGUCCCUCGCAGUGUCAUCGAGAGUGUAUACAACAUUACACUUCCGAAACCAAAAACAUAUGAGCGUCAGUCUCGUCCUCCUCUCGCUGCUGAGCUCUUAAGAGCUUACUGUGCUUCACGUGGCUACGUUGCCUCUAGUGGACUACCUGAUGAAACGAAAGCGGCGAGGCAGAUUCUGAAGGAUUACAUCGGAGGUAAGCUGCGGCAUUUUGCAAUGCCGCCUGGGAUGACGGAGGAGAAGAUAGAGGAUGACACUGGUCGAGAAACAGGUUCAGAUUCUGAAGAAGGUGAGGGUGAUGAGAAGGAAAGCGACGAGCAAGUUCCUGGUAUUGAUGACGUGUUGGAGGAUCUGAGCUCGUUUGAUCUGGCGAACGGGCUUGCUUCUUCUAAGAAAGUGACAGUGAAGAAGGAGACUGCUUCACAUAAACAGCACAAGAAGCCGCAGAGGAAGAAGGAUAGGAACUGGAGAGUUAAGAACACAGAGGAAGGAGAUGGAAUGCCUCUGGUGAGAGUUUUCCAGAAACCUGCUAACACAGGACCUCUCACAAUGCGUUGAUCUUACCAUAUUGUAUAACAUCCAAGAGUUUAUGAUAUGCAGAUGGUGUUUUGUCAUACUAAGAUGCUUCAAAGUUUUUGUUUUUAUUAUGUAAUAACAGUUUGAACCUUCUCGAAUCUGUUCGAUGUUUUUGUUUCCAAAUUUUAAGUCUUAUUUGGUGAAAAAGGAGAAUGGUGAGAGUGAAAAUUGAAAUA